UUGUGUAUAAGGAGAGAGUGGAGAUAGAUUUAUUAGCCAAAGCUCGCUUUUUUGUUUACAACAUAUAUGGAGCCGGCAGCACUGUAUUGCAACGAUUCGUAUGGUUUUCAAAUAAUUCUAUUCUGAAAGAGAGAUAAGGUUUAUUUUUUGUUUGAUUGGGAAGAAAUGGCGAUGCGGCGUGGUGUUGUUAUGGUUUGUUGAGUUGAGAAAACUCAGUUUACGACGGGACGACUUCUUCGGGAAGAAGGUUCAUUUCCGAGUAUUGUAUUUGGAAUAAUUUUGACGGGGUUUUUCGGGGUACGAGUACGACACCCUGUUUUCCCGUUUCCCCCUGCUCCAAAUAUUUCCUCUCUCUCUCUCCUCAACGUUUGGCCUUGUCUCUCUCUCUCAUCAACGCCUGCCCUCCUUUCUUUUCAUCUCUCUCCGCAUUGUGUUCCUCCAUUUCCAUCAAAUUCGUAUCAUCUCACGCUUCGGACUCCAGCAUUUCCUGAAAAAGAAACCGUAUCUAUCAGUGAGAUAUUGGGUCUCUGAAAAAUGGGGAUGUCUUUUUCCACAUACACAGGAAUUUGGUCAGACGUAGAGGACCCAAACGAUGACGCUUCGAAAGAUGAAACCGUGUUUGUUAGAUCGAUCAGUUUUAAUGGACUUGAUGUGAAAACCACCAUGAGGUCUGUAAGUUUCAAUGGUCGGGAUUCAUCGGAAGACUCCAUUCUGAAAUCCUUCGGCCGUUCCAGUGGUCGGCUCGUAAUUGAGGGAUCUGUGAGUUUUAAGAAGAGGGAUCCAAUGAAUCCCUUUGAAAUGGAAACCACUAUUUCUAUCAAGAGCCCUGAUUCAGACUCGGAUACUAAUGGACAUGUUAAUCCUAAAAGCAAGGAAACUAGGUCUGUUUUUUUGAGAUCAAACAGCUUGGCCGAGAAGAGUGGUUCUAAGCAUGAAGCUGCAGUUAAGCUGCAGAAAGUCUACAAGAGUUAUCGGACAAGGAGGAACCUUGCAGAUUGUGCAGUUGUAGCUGAAGAGCUCUGGUGGAAGGCUUUGGAAUUUGCAGCACUUAAAAGGAGUUCGGUGUCUUUCUUUGAUAUUGGGAAGUCUGAAUCUGCGGUUUCAAAAUGGUCCAGGGCCAGAAUUAGGGCUGCAAAGGUUGGGAAGGGCUUAUCGAAAGAUGAAAAGGCUCAAAAACUUGCUUUGCAGCAUUGGCUUGAAGCAAUUGAUCCACGCCAUCGUUAUGGACAUAAUCUGCAUUUCUAUUAUGACACAUGGUUCGAUUGUGAGAGUAGACAGCCAUACUUCUACUGGUUGGAUGUGGGUGAGGGACGAGAGGUGAACCUUGAGCGAUGCCCUAGAUCAAAGCUGCAACAACAGUGUAUCAAGUAUCUUGGUCCGAAAGAGAGGGAAGCAUAUGAAGUGAUUGUGAAGGAUGGGAAGUUUGUGUACAAGAAAAAUGGAGAGCUUCUUGACACUUCUGAAGGACCAAAAGAUUCUAAGUGGAUUUUUGUGCUCAGCACAUCAAAGGCUUUAUACGUGGGCCAGAAACAAAAAGGCAUGUUUCAGCAUUCAAGCUUUCUAUCUGGGGGAGCCACAUCCGCAGCAGGAAGGCUGGUUGUUGAAAAGGGAUGCCUUAAGGUUGUGUGGCCAUAUAGCGGCCAUUACCGCCCAACUGAAGAAAACUUUCAGGAAUUUUUGAGCUUUCUCAAGGAGAACAAAGUGGAUCUCACUGGAGUUAAGUUGAGAUCAGUUGAUGAGGAUGAUGCACAGAGCAAACAAGGUGGAAAUGCAUCCCUCAGAAGUGUGGCCUCAGAAUCAGACAUAGCAAAAGAUUCAAACAAUUUGUCUAUUCCCCAAAGGGGCGAAUCUUUUGGAGCCUUAAACCGCAUUAGCAGUUUCUUGAAGGGUGAAGAAGAAGAAGAUAACAAGGUAAAUUUCAGUAAUAAGAAGUUGCACUCAAGGGAGGAAGAAGGUGGGGAAGAAACAAGAAUACCAGAGGCAUCAAUACUUAAGAGGAUAAACUCCAAGAAGGGGAUGCAAUCUUAUCAAUUGGGGAAGCAGCUUUCAUGUAAAUGGACAACUGGUGUGGGACCUCGCAUUGGUUGUGUUAGGGACUAUCCAUCUGAGCUUCAAUGGAGAGCGUUAGAGCAAGUCAACCUCUCUCCUAGAAGUUGCUCGUGCCCCAAGACAUCCUUCUUGACAUCUUCCAUUGCUAGCCCGAGGGCGUGCUCUGUUUUGAAAGAGAGCAACAACAUUGGCAGUCCACUGUGCAGUGCCAAUUGAAGCUCUCUCUCUCUCUCUCUGAGAGGAGGGGCAUACAAUCUUGUCUCUCUCCGAACUGGUGGGGAGAGAAUCCAUUAUUUGAUUUGAUGUAAGUAGAAGCAGCUGUAGAGCAGGUUAUUUAUUUAUUUAUUUGGUAGUUGUUUUAUAAUUGUAGUUGGAGGUCUAAUUCUGGAGAUUUGGGAAACAAAAAGCAAGUGUAGAAAUUUUUGAUGGGAUUCAAGCCCAAUAUAUGA